UCUUUUACGCGAAAGAGAAGAGGAAAGUGGUUUCUGAUGCGUGUGCGUACGUCAUCGUUAAAUUGAACAUGCAACAGAACCAUACGUGAAAAUAUGUGAAAUUCUAAAUUAGGUUUAAAAAAAAACUAUAAUUUCUUGCUGAUUGGACAUAACAUCAAAUUCAUAGGAAGGAAAAAAUAAAAAUGACAAGCAGCAUUUUGAGUUUAUUGACGAGACCGACGAUAUCGUCGAAUUUAAGUAAUUUACUACGUCGUUAUGCGUCUACUUCAAGAGAUACCUGCAACAUAUAUGAUCUCGUUGUGGUUGGUGGUGGAAUUGUAGGAUGUGCCACGGCGCGUGAAAUGUUAAUGAGACAUCCUAACUUAAAAAUAGCUAUUGUAGAAAAAGAAAAUGCCCUUGCGAAACACCAAACAGGCCACAAUAGUGGUGUCGUUCACGCUGGAAUAUACUAUAUGCCUGGUAGUAUAAAGGCGAAACUGUGCGUCGAAGGUUUAAAACUAUCCUAUGAGUAUUUUUGCAAGAAUGAUAUACCUCAUAAAAAGGUUGGCAAAUUAAUAGUAGCUCAGAAUCAGCAACAGGCUAAAAUGAUAAACAACCUGUUUGAACGAGGAACGAAGAAUAACGUACCUGAUCUUCAAUUAGUCGAUAAGGAUUGUAUCGCAAAUUACGAACCAAAAUGUAAGGGUGAGAAAGCCAUUUGGUCGCCAUGGACAGGAAUUGUGGAUUGGGCUUUAGUUUGUAAACACUUCGCUGCGGAUUUUCAAAAAAUGGGCGGUGAAAUAUUUCUUAAUUACGAAGUUACUGGAUUUGCAGAAAUGGUAGAAUCGCAAACUGGUGGACAAUUGGCACCUAUAGUCGUUCAAUCUAAAAAUAAGUGUAUUUCAACGAAAUACGUAUUAACAUGUGCUGGUUUACAUUCGGAUCAUUUAGCCGUCAUGACAGGAUGCGACCGCAGUCCACGAAUAGUUCCUUUCCGAGGCGAAUAUCUUCUUCUAAGUGAAAAUAAAAAACAUUUAUGUACAACGAACAUAUAUCCAGUACCUAAUAUACAAUUACCGUUCUUGGGUGUUCACUUUACCCCUAAAAUAAAUGGUGAAAUAUGGCUCGGUCCAAAUGCUAUUUUGGCCUUAGCUAGAGAAGGUUACAAAUGGACCGAUAUUAACAUAAAAGAUUGCAUAGAAAUGGCUAAAUUCCCUGGAUUAUAUAAGUUGUCCUUCAGGUAUUUUAUACCUGGAGUUAAAGAAGUUAUUAAAUCGAUAUUUUAUCCGUUGGCAAUAAAGGACCUUCAGAAAUUUAUACCAGAUAUUACAUAUAAAGAUGUAAAGAGAGGGCCUGCUGGUGUCAGAGCACAAGCAUUAGAUAGUGAUGGCAGACUAGUAGAUGAUUUUGUUUUUGAUAAUGGAACUGGUAAUAUUGGAUGCAGGGUUCUUCACUGUCGUAAUGCUCCUUCACCUGCUGCAACGAGUAGUAUGGCCAUAGCAAAAUACAUUGCUGAUAAACUUCAAAAUGACUUCAAGUUUUAAUAUUUUGCAAUAUGAUUGAAGAAUGUGAUAAAGUCGCUUAGCAAUGGAGGAAAUUCCAUUCUCUUGUACACAGCUAUUAUAUAGUUCAUAAUAGAAGCUGUUACGGUCCAAAAAAUAUAUCAUAAGAUUAUAAUAUAUUUUACUAUGUUAUUUCUGUGUAUCUGAAGUUUGUAUUUGGUACAUAUACCAUAUAUUACACCGUAUUCGUUUAUGAAACCCUUUUAUUGAAAAGAAAUAAAGAAGGAUUGAUAUUUUUAUAUUCUUCUAUUAAAUUUUUUGUAUAACAGCAAUUGAUGAUAAAUACCUAUCUACAUUCUAUUUUUUUGUAUAUAUAUAUAUAUAUAUACAUAUAUAUUUAUAUAAAUAUUUUGUUUCUA